GGGCAUGAUGAUUCUUCACUUCAUUAUAGCUGAGAUCUGGUUUCUCUCUCCUUGAGCGCUCAUUCGAGAAUGACUGACUCCCGUGCAACUGAAACUAAGCCGAAGAUGCAAACCUCCAGUAACCAUGGCUUCAUCCCUGGCGACGACACUUGGACGCAAUGGCGCAAUAUCUUCGCCAUUUUAACCGGUAAAAUGACUGAUGAAGGCAAAGAACAAUUUCGUAUCGCAAGAGACGUACGGAAUGAGACUGUGGACUGCAAGCGCUGCGAGGAUCAGCGAGAUUAUCUAUUGGAGUUUAGUCCGGUGAUCCGAUACAUGAGCGAUAGCAUUCGUCAGCUUGGAGGCGAUCUGUCUAGCCACAAUAUAUACUGUCGCCGGUGUACUAGUCGCAAAGCGGGGGGGUUUGAUCCUGACUACGGAAUUCUGCUUUGUGCGAAUGAGAUGAAGGACCAGAGUCACUUAGAGGAUACACUAGCGCAUGAGAUGGUUCAUGCCUAUGAUCACCUCAGAUUCAAAAUCGACUGGUCAGACAAUUUAAGGCAUGCCGCUUGCACAGAGAUUCGAGCCAGCUCACUCAGUGGAGAGUGUAGAUGGGCACGAGAGUUCUUCCGAAGGGGUCAAUGGAAAUUGACACAACAGCACCAAGAAUGUGUACGACGAAGAGCUGUCCUGUCAGUACAGGCAAGACCUGGGUGCAGAGAUGAAGCCCACGCCGAAAAGGUUGUAAACGAAGUCUGGGACAGCUGCUUUAGAGAUACCCGUCCCUUUGAUGAGAUUUAUCGGUAGUCAUGGAUGGAAAUCCAUUUCCUUUAGAAUUUGUCCCUAAACGUGCGUGCUAUAAAACCCCUGCCAUGUGCUUGUAGCACUAAUCAGAUUUUUCCGUUUAAAUAAGAAAACCAGCAUCUAUAUUGACGAAGAACACCAAUGCUAUUUACUCCGUGACGAGGAACCAUGAAGAAUGGAAAGGAAGAC